CCCCCUUUCCUUCCUCUUUCCCUCUCCUCCCCGGUACCUUCCUUGUGUACCUUCUUUGCGAUGCGCACAUCACUCUCCCUCGCCGUCGCCGCCUCCCUGGUCGCGGCCGCUCAGGCAGCCUUUGUCGAUGUGUACUGGAACAUCUCGUAUGCUACGGCCAACCCCGAUGGACAGCAGUCACGGCAAGUCAUCGGUGUGAAUGGCACCUGGCCCCUUCCCAUCGUACAAAUCAUGCAGGGCGAUACCCUUCGCAUACAUGUCACGAAUGGUCUGCCAGAUGUCGGUACUGGUCUUCACACCCACGGCAUGUACUUCAACACAACAGCAUACUUCGACGGCGCAACGAUGGUCACACAAUGCCCUAUCCCGCCUGGGCAGGGAAUGGUCUACCAGAUUGCUACUGACAUUCAGCCACCUGGUACAUACUGGAUCCAUGGACAUUAUGGCGGCCAAUAUGUUGACGGACUGCGAACACCCUUCAUCAUCCUAGCACAAAAUGAGACUUACUCAUAUGCCGCUGACUACACCAUUGGAAUGGCUGAUUGGUAUCAUGAUCUACACUCUGUCCUGAUCGACCAGUUCUUGAACAUCUACAAUCCCACGGGUGCAGAGCCAGUUCCAGACGGAGCGAUCGCCUAUAUCGCCGUCAAUGGGUCUUAUACGGCUUCUCUGGCAGAGAUGGGUAAUGGCAAAACUGUUAGCGCUGGAGGCAACAACAACGGCGUCCUCAACUUCGAGCCCGGCAAGACCUACCGUCUUCGUUUCGUCAGCAUGUCGGCGUUCACAAAGUUCAACAUUGCGCUCCCAGGGCACAACAUGUCUAUCAUCGAGCUGGAUGGUGUUGAAACAGAGCCGCUUCCUGUGGAUGUCGUGCCUCUUUCAGCUGCGCAGCGGGUCUCCGUCCUUGUUACGGCCCUGAACGACACCUCGAGCAACUGGCCGCUUUCCAUGAACAUGGACUCGGAGAUGUUUGACACUGUUCCAGAUGCGCUGGCACCCAUUGUUAACAUCACGGCUACCGUUGUGUACAGCGAGAGCGCUCCCACCCAGGACAUGGUUUUCUUCGAUGAAUACCCCACUUUCUGGGAUAACCUGCUGGUACCGCUCGAAGCUGAGGCUAUGGCUCCUGCCGAUGUCAGCUAUAACUGGACGAUUGCUUUUGAUACAUACGACGAUGGAACUAACCGAGCAUCCCUGUUGCCUGACCAGAGCACCUACAUCUCGCCCUUAGUUCCUUCUCUGUUCACGCAGCAGACGAUGGGCCAGGGAGCGCUUCUUCCCCGGGUCUACGGUCAGCAGACGAAUGUUUUCGUGUUGAACCAUCUCGACAACAUUGAGCUCUACAUCUACAACUCGGACUCGAACAGCCAUCCUUUCCACUUGCACGGUCACAAGUUCCAAGUCGUCGCAAUGUCGCAGGAUAUCACGUCCGACGAUCCGACCGUUAACGAGCCCCUCGUUGAGGGCCAGGCGAACCCUUCUCGCCGUGACACCAUCAUGAUCCCUGCUGGUGGGUCCGUCAACCUGCGUUUCCGUGCCGAUAACCCGGGUACUUGGAUGUUCCACUGUCACAUUGAGUGGCAUCUUGAAGCAGGUCUCGCGGUCAUCUUCGCCGAAGCUCCGCUGGUCUCUCAACAAACGAUCCAAAUCCCGCAGUACCUCUCCGAUCAGUGCGCGAUGCAAGGCAUCCCUCCCUCUGGCAACGUCGUUGGGAAGAACUCCACGACCGACUUCUCCGGUCAGGCCCUCGGCCCGUACACACAAUACUAUCUGUUCGGCUGGACUACCAAAGCCAAGGGUGCCAUGGCUGGUUGCAUUCUUUCUGCGCUCAUCGGCAUGGCGUGUGUUGUGUGGUAUGCCAUGAACCCCUUCCACGACUUCGAGCACGACCAGAUGGCACAAGAGAAGUAUGAUGCCCAGCAAGCGUCUGGCGGAAAGUUCGGAGUUAUCAAGAAUCUGGUCCAUCGCACAAAGUAGAGGGUACAAACGGAAAGUUUCGGGUUCACGAACGGCGCAGAGAGUGCUCUUGAGUGAGUACGCGUUCAAUAUUUACUCACCAUUCUGGCCAUCGAUAUAUCUUGUUUCUUAUGAUUAGUUGAAAACACAUGAUGACAAUUGCAUAAUUAGUGCAUGAAUAACUACUACCUUUACGCACG